GACAUCUCUCGUAAACUUACAGAACCGGAAAGAGUUUGUAGAUCUUUUUCCUUUUGCGUCCAUCGCUGAAAAGGCAGCGGUCAAAAUGAAGUUCAAUCCCUUUGUGACUUCUGACCGGAGCAAAAACCGUAAAAGGCAUUUCAAUGCACCUUCCCACAUUCGCAGGAAGAUUAUGUCUUCCCCUCUUUCCAAGGAACUGAGACAGAAAUACAAUGUUCGGUCCAUGCCCAUCCGAAAGGAUGAUGAAGUUCAGGUUGUGCGAGGUCACUACAAAGGUCAGCAAAUUGGCAAAGUUGUCCAAGUUUACCGGAAGAAAUACGUCAUCUACAUUGAACGGGUACAGCGAGAUAAAGCUAAUGGUACAACUGUCCAUGUGGGCAUUCACCCCAGCAAGUUUGCCUCAAUAAAUCCCAGACAUGGUAAAGAAGAGACAGACAGUUUAUUCCACAUCACCCAUACUGGAGGCAAGGCAGGAACAAGGAAGAGGAGUGCAAAGCUGGACUAA